CUUAAGGCUUCCAAAAUUUGUGGUGAACUUCUAAGAAGUCUUGUUCCUGUUAUCCCAUUAAAGGGUUAUGUCUGCUUUUGGCUCCUGCCAAGAUCAAGAAGAUUAAGUUCACUCUCACACACAGCGACUUUUCAGUCGUUGGGCAAGUCGUCGCUCAUUCACAUCCCGAGGAGCCUGCCGUCCAGCAUGGGCGCCCACGGUUCCAACCUGGACGACAUCCUGGAGGAGGACAUGCACCACUGGUACACCAAGUUCAUGAAGGAAUCGCCGUCGGGUCUCAUCACGCUCUUCGAGCUCAAAACCAUGCUGGAGAUGAACGGCAUGACUGAGGAGGCCAGCAGCUACGUGGACCAGGUCUUCUUCACCUUCGACAUGGAUGAGGACGGCUACAUCGACUUUGUGGAGUACAUCGCCGCCAUCAGCCUGCUCCUGAAGGGAGAAGUCAACCAGAAGCUCAAGUGGUACUUCAAGCUCUUCGACCAGGAUGGGAAUGGCAAAAUUGACAAAGAUGAAAUGGAGACCAUCUUCAAGGCCAUUCAGGACAUCACGAGGAGCUACGAAAUUCCACCCGAAGAGAUCGUCGCGCUCAUCUACGAGAAGAUUGAUGUCAACGGGGAAGGCGAGCUGACCCUGGAGGAGUUCAUCAGCGGCGCACGGGAGCACGCCGACAUCAUGGAGAUGCUCACCAAGAUGAUGGACCUCACACACGUCCUGAAGAUCAUCGUUAUGGGACUACGCAAGACGUCCUAAUAAGGAGCCGGGCGGGAUGCCGCCCACGUGAAAAGCGUGCGGUGCCCCCAUGGUGGAGGGAAACCCAACUCUCAUAGGAAGAGGUCUUUUUUUUUCAAAAUCCUGAAAAUUCUUCAGGAAUAAGAAAACAUGGCGGCACGGAACCUAGAACACUACCAGCUUGCUGGACUGCUUUGCGACAAUGUGAUCAAUAGAGGCCUCAGAAGGUAGGAACCCAGUUGAUUUUGAGCAAGGCUCAGGUAACUUAGUUUUUUUGUUUUUCCACUGCUCACAAUUGACAUUUUCAGGUGGCUGAAGUCAAAUCUGUAAAUGAGCAAAGGUGCUGCUUUUCCAUUGUUUAAAAAAUGUGCACACAAGAUUGUCAUAGUGGCUUAAGUAAAAAUUAUAAUUCUAUACGGAUGUGGGUGACUUGUACAGUAUUGUCAGAUGGUGGAAGUGUACCUAAUGUUGCGGCGGCUGACUGUGAUGUUUGUUUGAACUGUCAUCUCCUUGCACUACAGUGUUGCCUUAAUAAGACCGCUUUUCACACUGCAUGUUUGGAAUUUUCAUUACAGGAUGCAUGUAAAAGUCUUUUUUCGAUGGGACAGCAAAACACUCUGAAGAAUUCUGAAAUCUGUACGAGUGAAUAAACAUUGACAGAAUGAUGAA